AUGGCGAGGGACGGGUACGUGGUGCCGGCGGACCCUCUGGCGGUGACUGCCGUCAAGAAGAAGACGCAGCCUGCCAGGAGUUGGAUUCUCGUCGACGCUACCGGGCAAGGCACCAUCCUCGAUGCAGACAAACAUGCUAUCAUGAAUCGUGUUCAGAUUCACGCCCGCGAUCUCCGGAUUUUAGACCCUCUCUUGUCUUAUCCCUCCACCAUUCUCGGUCGUGAGGGGGCCAUCGUUUUGAACUUGGAGCAUAUCAAAGCAAUCAUUACUUCUGCUGAGGUUUUGCUUCGGGACCCGUUGGAUGAAAAUGUUAUUCCUGUUGUUGAGGAACUUCAAAGGCGACUGCCUCCUGCAAAUGUCUUUCGGCAAGGUCAAGGAAAUGGGAGAGAGUACACUGGUGGACAACAUGAUGUUGAAGGUGGCGAAGAGGAUGAGUCUCCAUUUGAAUUCCGUGCCUUGGAGGUAGCGCUGGAAGCCAUUUGUAGUUUUCUAGCUGCACGUACAACAGAGCUGGAGACUGCUGCUUAUCCUGCUUUAGAUGAGCUUACAUCCAAAAUUAGUAGCCGAAAUUUAGAUAGAGUUCGUAAAUUGAAGAGUGCAAUGACGAGGUUGACUGCUCGGGUACAGAAGGUGAGAGAUGAACUUGAACAGUUACUUGAUGAUGAUGAUGAUAUGGCUGACCUUUACCUAUCAAGAAAGCUGGCUGGUGCAUCUUCACCAGUCAGUGGCUCUGGUGGUGUGAAUUGGUUUCCUGCUUCACCUACAAUAGGUUCAAAAAUUUCUAGGGCUAGUAGAGCAAGUUUGGCAACAGUUCGUGGAGAUGAGAACGAUGUUGAGGAGCUUGAAAUGUUACUAGAGGCUUACUUUAUGCAAAUUGAUAGCACAUUGAACAAAUUGACAACGUUGAGAGAGUAUAUUGAUGACACAGAGGAUUACAUUAAUAUUCAGCUUGACAAUCAUCGAAAUCAGCUGAUUCAGUUAGAGCUCUUUCUGAGUUCAGGGACUGUUUGUGUCUCCGUAUAUUCCUUGGUGGCUGGCAUAUUUGGCAUGAACAUCCCAUAUACAUGGAAUGAAAAUCAUGGGUACAUGUUUAAAUGGGUGGUAAUUGUAACAGGAGUGUUCUGUGCAUCUCUGUUCAUAGUUCUGAUGACAUAUGCUCGCUACAAGGGUUUGGUUGGAUCUUGA